AUACGAACCCCAUUUACUGCUUAUUCCAACUUCUUAUGGAUCCCUUGCGACCCACAGCAUUCCCACCUCCCACCCUCCUUUUCCUCUACUUCCAAACCAAAGCAUCUCUUCCCCUUCUAAUAGUUUGCACCUCCGCUCCUCAGUUCCAAUUACUACACCGUCAUGGGUCGCAUGAAGGUCGUACUGUUGGUUUUGGGAACCAUUCUUUCGAUCUCUUGGGAAGAAGAAGAAGGAUUCAUGACGUUGGCGAGCGCAAACACGAUCGUGACCGGGACCGUCUUCUGCGAUCAAUGCCAGGACGGGGAGCGCGGCUUCUUGGACUACGGUCUCUCAGGAGCGAAGGUGGCAGUGGUCUGCAGAGGCACCGACGGGAAGGAGAUGGCGUACGGGGAAGACGAGACGAAUUGGUUCGGGAGCUACUCGGUAUACUUCGACGGCAGCCCCGACCUGAGCGGCUGCUACGCGAGGGUGGUGGGCGGGCCGGCCGGGUGCGGUGCGGCGGCGGGACCGGCGCAGGGGCUGACGCUGCUGUUCCGGAUGUUCGGGAUGGCCAUGUACGUCGUGGAGCCGCUGUUGUCGGAACCGCAGGUGCCCGCUGGGUUCUGCCCCAACGCGCCGUCGUUGCCGAGUCCCACGCCGACGCCGGCCCUGCCAGUGCCGCCUCCUACGCCGCCGCUGCCGUUGUUCGAGGUCUCUGCUUGCCCCUACGGUAAAUGGCUGAUGCCACAGUACCAGUGCUACUGGAGAGCAGUGAACCCCGACACCAGAGUGGCAAUUGCUUUCGGGCCCGUGGCAGCAGGAAGAUACGGGGUGGAGCUGACCCUGUGGGAAGCACUCCACGGGCGGGGCGACCUCUACAGAACGCUCCUCCGUGAAGCGACCGCUUCCCUCCUCAACUCCUACAACACCCUCAACUUCCUGUACCCCACGCUCAGUGUCUUCGACCUCAUGAACCGGGCGCUGGUCGGCUCUCCACAGGAUGCUCUCACGGUGGCGCUGCGGUUUCGAAUGGCCAACUCCGGGGCAUUUGGUGUUGAAACAGUUGGCUGCAACUUCACCCCAUGUAGAUCUUGAAAGCGAUGCCGCCGGCCGGUGCCGGUUGGCCUCGAUUUAAAAUGGAUGUGCUAGCGCUAUUGACAUUGCGUACUUAUGAACAGCCAAGCCAAAGACUGGUUUAAUGUCAUUGCCUUCUGUUUUGAUUCCACUAUAGUAAUAUAAGUUGCAUUGGAAUCGUUUUCUUGCA